CACACUUUCAUGAAAAUCUAUUGCUGAGGCCUAGCACAGCAGACGUAGAGGUAGUACUAUGUGUACUUUCUUGAGCUUUAUUAGAAUGUAAAUAUCAACGUGCACCUAAUAUCGUCGUAUCUGGAAGUUGGUAGAUAUGUUUGAUAUGGUCUCGUGUCAACAGACACAGAGUGACGUUCUCUACAACUGAAAAUAUUUUCUAUAAUUUUCAUUUUCAUACGGAAAUACGUCUUCAUACUGAUCCAGCUUUUAAUGUGCAGUACGAUGUUGACAUAUUGGCCCUGGUGAAACCGGAUCGAUCUUUCUGCUCAGAUCAUCGGCCCCUCCGCAAAUCGGAUGCUGUCUAGACUACGAGCGACUGAAGAUCCACCGCCAAUCUGAUGUCGUCGAGACUACGUUCCACUGAGGAGGCUUUGCUCACCGAGCUCCAAGGAAUCCAGAAUCGUGUGCAGCAUCUAGCUACGCAGCAGCGCCUUACUGCAGUCGAAAAAGAGUCCCACGAUUCCGGUCUCAGACUACAUUAAGGCCGCUCUGAUGGCUUUGUGUUAUGUGUAAAUGUAUAAAUGAAUCGAUGCACUGUUCUUGUCAACAAGAAGGGAAAUCCCUAAUUAUUCGUCUUGAGAGCAGACAUUCAUCCUGAAGAAGGUUUCCAUGGGGAAAAGGUGCCCAGGAUGCGUUUGAAACUUUCACAAUGGAUUAGCGCGAGCUCUAACUAGAAGUGGCGCUGCAACAAGUACGCGAAAAACUCGAUCGAACUUCAGCGGUGGUGGAAAACAAGUUAUGGGUACGGGUAGAUAUAUUGGAACGAUUUUACCAUAAGUAUGCUUCGGCGAAUGCCGGUCGUUGUAGCAUUUUCGGAGUCAGUUUCUACCUAGGAGGGCGUCAUGAUAGAUGGCAUCAGGAACUUCCUACACAUGCCAUAGUAAACCAAUUACGCAGGAGCGCCGGCGUUCUUCUUGCCUGCUCGAACUUCUGCUCUAAGAAAAGUCGCGAAGGAACGAGGGCGUCUUGAUGCUGCUGUGCGGAGCGUGUCCAGCAGUGAGAAAACCAGCUCGAAACUUUGUCGCGAAACAUCUGCGGUUGCAGACGAAUUAGGCACCCACGUAGCAGAUCUUUUCCGCCAGUUUGCCCGACUAAGAGAACGAGUAGCAACUGAAAUGGGGGAAGGAGGUAGUGAUCUUCUAAUCGAAUUGGAUGCUCUUAGUUUUGUUCUUGAAAUUGACAGGUGGCAUCGCCAUCACCUAGAGGAGCUGUAAUCAUGUGAAGAAGACUUUUAUACUGAUGAACAUACAGAUACAGCUUCCUCGUGAUCAUAGAAGUUGUAGAGCCAGCUACUACGUAAAGAAACAUAUUAAAACUGAAACUGAUCAACAUGAUUUAUAUGGGACGACUUCCCAAAAAACAAAAGAAAAUGUAAAAUUCCCGUUCCUUCAGGCGCAACAUCAAGCACGACCGAAGUGGACAGAGCUUCGUCUCGUGCUGCAUUUCAACUGCUUGAUCUGGAGGCAGCGGAGCCGCCAAGAUAUCGGCCGCCGCCUAAGCUAGUACGAAGUGCGGAAGUAUUAUGGGGGUAGGAAAUUCAUCUCCAAAGUCAUCUGGAAGAAAAAGACAAGAGGAAAAAGGGAGCCAGAUGAUCCCUGAGAUGCAUUCCCAACACCUCUAAAAGUAAGGGAUGCAAAUAACGGAGGACGAGUCGGCGCUCUAGUCUUAUGUCCUCUUCACUCAUCGAUAUCAGAAUUCGAAUCUGUCUUCAUCUAUUCAGGGUUCUUCAAGUUUUUUUUCUUCGCUACUCUCUCUCUCAGCAGGUUUCUGUACUACUAGUUGGAAAAUUCUAUUAACUGAAAGUUACUGGUACUAGAAAUUUGAAGCAUUGUGCGCGUGCCAUGAUAAUAUUAUGUUGAUCAUUUUUAGAAAAACUUAGAAGCAAGAGAACAUGACUUCUCUCAUAACUUCUCAUUCUCUCUUAUCGACGUAGUAGAUGGCCCGUCGUUCACCUCUGUCUCUAAUAGUACCAGCACCUCCAUCUGUGACGACCUCAUCUGGUUGCCAAUGCGAUCAGCGGUCGACACUUUCAUGUGCCUACGGCCAAGGCGCUCCCUUCGGCUGGUGUAAAGUUUUAAAACAACCAGACUGUCGCGUUUUGAUGCCAGAUGUUGAAGUUAUGGCCACUCAGGCAGAGGGAAUUUUUAGCUACAUCAACUAGUAUUAGGAGGGGUACAGUAAUCCCCUGCUAGGCAGUGGCACGAUGGACGGAGAUGAUCGUGGUUAACAGGUCUGUUCCUACGGCUCCGACAGGUCUGUUCCUCCUGAUCAUGAAUGCUUACCAGGAAAAAAUCUAAAAUUGUAUUGUAUUGUAGUACUUCUUCAUCAACAUCUUGUUGAGUUCUUAACUUCAACUCGUCCUUCUAAUGCACACCCCGCUGGUUGGGAUCACACUUUGUACGCGAAGAAAUUCAACCCUGGUGGUGGUAUGGACAUAAUUCCGACCGCGGACUCCUGGGAUUACUGUACCCCUCCUAGGAUGGCGGAAUCAGAAACAGCACACUUUGGCUGUCAGUGUGCUUGGAACCAGGAAGUCUUAGAUCGGUAUGCACAUCUUGCUAGCGAAAGUACAGUAUCGACCACGCAAGAGAAGACAUCUGGUAGUGCGGGAGUUCUUGAUGAUGGAGAAGUCGGAGAUGACAGAAAAAUAAACUCCUCUACUACUAGGUCUACUACAUCAUCAUCUAGUAGUGCUAGAGCAGGAGGUCGUGAGGGGAAGCUACAACUCGUGUUUAACGAGACAGCUUUAGAGCAGAUUCCUUUACGAGACCGACACGCAGUGCGAAUCAUGAGCGCGAUAAACGAAGAAGAAAGUCGUGCGAGUCGUGGUAGUAGUGGAGAUCAUCUUGAAGGCGAUGACUUCGAUCACCCAGGCCGCGGACAAGAUGGUGCUACUUUGAGCGACGAUCAGCAUGGAGGAGGAGAAGAUCAGGAGGAAGUGGAUCAUGGGGUGUCCUCAUCGUCAUCAUUCACUAGACAGGAGACCCAGGAGAAGAGUACGACAAGGAAGUUGUGUCGACCGAUCGAGCAUGAAGGGCAGAAGCAAUUUUUUGCUUGUCCAGUUAGCGAGAAGUGUCUGCAGAGUGGCAAUGUGUGGAGUGGCCGCAGUCCGUGGUUCUCAGUGAGCAAACAUAGCUGGGACUUCUGCAAUCCAGGCAGCGCAUUGCACGACCCACCGAGACGCGACAACGACAGUCUCGAUCCGCGGAUUGUUAGUAAGGUAAAGGAACAACAGGAAGCUGGUGCCGAACAAGACAGGAACAUCAAGGUAUCACUAUUAAGGCACAGAAAAACCCAACCCUUUACACAGCCCAUUCUUCUCAUUCCCCUUUUACAAAAGGGGAAUCCAUACUGGGUUGCUGGCGUAAGGUUGGGCUUUUCUCUUCGCUAACACUACCAUUUCCUCGCAAUCAGACAGACGCGGAGCUCAAUGCAGAGGACAAGAGUGGGAUGCUCGAGGGAGACGCAGCAUCGGCGGAGAACGUAAACAUCAUUCACAAUCAUAACUACGCUCCUCCUGCUGCUCUUCUUCCUGGACCCGGUAGCGUAGCUGGGGGAGCUCCUGUCGUAGGUGGUGUUUCUGCUGUUCCGUUCAAUAGCAUAAAUGUCGAUCCCCAAAUUAUGAAUCAUCUCAAGCAUGAACAUGAAGAUCAUCCUACCAGUACGGAAGUCAACAACUUAAAGAUUUACGAACAUCAUGAUCAAGGAAACAACAGGAACAAGAAAAUCAUAACGACAACAACACGAAGAUCAUCACCAUCAGGAUCAGCAACAUCAUCAACAUCAACAACAAGAUCAAAGUCUUAAGGUCUUAAACGUGUGCAGCAAGUUGCAAGUUGAUGAGUUAAAUAGUUGGUCCGGAUCUAGUUAGCUUAGGCAGAUGAAAGGCACUAAGCCCCAGGGAUCUUCGUACUUAACAACAACAACAAAAACCAAAUAUUUUGUCUUCUCAAAUUUAUCCUGUGCUUGUGCAGAUUAGCACUAGUACACAGGACAGGGACGACAUCGCUAGAAUGAUGAACUACAUCAUUCAAAUCCGUAGCCAUUGGGCUACCUUAAGGUUUAUCUAAUUUUGAUGUUCUCCUGGCCGCAAUAUUCUAGUGCUAAUCUUGAGCUUUUCUAGUUGUUUCCACACACUGAAAACAUUAGAAUUUUUUUUUUUUUUGGUUAUAGAUAAUUGAACUUUACACGAAACAGAAUUUUUAAAUCUGUUACGUGUAAGAAAUUUGCUAUAUCUUUCCUUGUGCUGUAGUGCUGAUUGACGUAAGUCCUGAAUGAGAAAAUAAAAAUGACCGACCACGAACCACGAGCAGCAUACAGCUCGAAAAAUUUUCUGUUGAGAGCUAAACAAUCUGUUGCACGACGAGAAACCUACGAGGAUACCAAGCAUCACGAGAAAAAUACGAUGCGGCUACUCUGUUCGAGUCUUCUGGUGAGAUCUGAAAGCACGACGAGGAGCACGAGGGCGAGCACGGUAGUAAAAUUUUGAUUGAUUUAACUGGUAAAAAUUGACCAACGAACUCCUAACCUUAUGCUACUACAAAAAUCCCACAGGGAAAAUUUUAAGGUGACCCAUUUUCCCAAUUUUCUAGUGGCAUAGAGUUCCAGGCAAUAAAUAAAUCAAUCAAUCAACAAAUCGAUCAAUCACGCACUUACUCAAUAAAUAAAUCAAGAAGUAACUAACUAACUAACUCAAUCAAUCAAUAACUAAGUCAAUCAGUCAGUUAAUCAAAUAAGGAAGUCAAAAAUUCCUAGUGGGUUAAACAAUCAAGACCUUCACAAAAAUAAAAUCAUCCUUUCACGAGCACACCGACUAAAUUCGGCGGACCUUUCUGGUUGACGCGAUAGGGAUACGGUUGCGCAAGCUGUUGGAAGUUACUCCCUUGACGGUUUUCAAAGUGGCCAAGGGAGCAAAGCAAGAAAAUCCUGAACGGCAAGAAUCUAGUGGUGUAAGAAAAAUUUCUAGUGGGUAUCUAGUGGCAUUACCAAGCUGAAAGUUUAAAAAAAUUCCUGGUUGACGUUAAAGCAAAGGAUCCAGCUGCUUGGCAGUUUACCUGGCUGUUGUAUUGGAGCCAGAGCAAAAAGCGAAAAUGCCGCCGCUGGUAGUGCAAUACCAAGACCUCCUCGAUCGUGGGGUAGCAGCUAUCCUCCUGGUGCGUGGAGUACCUCCGGGGAGCCUAUACGACGGGGGAGGAAAUACCAAGUCGCGCCCCGAGAUGUAUCAGGCAGCAAUCCAGAACAACUACCAUUGUACUCCGCUGACAACGGUGACGUCUACGCUAACUGUGCCGGAGGUCAAUCAGUUGCUCAAUACGUAUUUUCUGGAUACCACUGGCACGAAAGCAGAAAAUAUUCUACGCUUCAAGGAUUUCAUCAAUGGUCAUCAGUUUGCACCACAGCAACAGCCUCCAGCAGCAGGAGGAGGAGCAGCGCAAAGCAGUGCUCCACAACCGCAAAAGCCUGUCAAGUUUACGUGCGAACUAAAAACGUAUACGGACAGGAGACAGUUUGAAAUCUUCAUCGAUGAGAUCUUCGACACUUGUAAGCUACUACGCAUUCGCGAUCAGUUUCAAGCCCGCUACAUACCUCAAGCAGGGUUAGUUUUGCCAGCGUUAUCGGAACAGGAAGAAGCAUCGUUUGCGGUUUUGACCAAGGCGAUCAAGGAUGCUCUAUCCAUCGGCAUUCGUGUCGCGGUACUCGAAGAGAUUCGUCAACAGCGCAUGACUGACACGGCCUGGGAUAUCGUGAAAUAUAUCCAGAAGCAAGUGAACAGUCUGGGCGCAGCGCAAGAAGAUGUGGAGUUUGAAGAGUAUAACCGAUCUAACUGGAAACAGUACGGUGGUCCGCUACGUGAUUACGCAGCAGAACUGAGACGCAUGCUAGGUCAGUUGUCUACUCGGUUUCCCGCGGGGCCGCCGUUCGAAAUGGAUCUUCGACGCAAGAUCAUCAAGCAGAUUGAUACUUCGCAGACCGAGAUCAGGAUGGUUGUAGAUCAAGUUCAAAAUCGUGCAGUCACGCAUGCUGAAGGUUCCGUCGAGUUCCUCAUCACUGAGCUUACCCGCCGUAUGGUGCGCACUGCUGGAGAUUCGGAAAAACAGUGCGAAACUUACGCUGCUCUGGACGAUGAGCAGAAGCAGCAGCAAGCUGUCCAGCAAGCUUUUGUCACUGGCAAAUCGUUCGGAAAAGGAAAAAGUACGUGGCAAGGCGGUAAGUCCAGUUCCAAGGGGGGCAAAGGUGGUUACAAGCAGCCGCAAGAGGAAAAGUUUUGCAAGAAGUGCUUUGAUCACUACAAGUCAAUCGGCAAACAGCAUGAGAAAGCUGCAGCUAUCCGCUCGCACAAUGUGAAAGAUUGCAAUCAACCUUGGAAGACGCCGAUGAAGGUCGCCAACCACAAGGGAAAGAACAAGUUCAACAAGAAAGGCGGAAAGCACGACAAAGGAAAAGGCGCGAAGAAGUCUGAUCCUAAAUACAAGCAGAAUCAGUGACUAACUUCUUCUAAUGAUAGUAAUUCUAAUAGUGAAAAAGAAGAAGUGAAGAUGGAUGUAGUCAAGAAAGUAAGUUGGUGGUCGAACUACAUUCCAUCUUGGGUAAGUGACAGCACCCGAGGAGUUAUAAAAGCUGUUAUCAAACGGGAGCAACAGUGCAAGCAAAGGAUGAAGAAGAUGAAGAUGAAAAUGAAGUCGAAGAUGGAUUUGAAGCCAGCAUUUGAAGAAGUUGAAGAUGGUUUUGAAGUGUUUUUACAAGGUCAGUUUUCCAAUGGAGCGAUCAUCGACUCCGGGUCAAAGUUUCACAUCUCUCGAAUCGAGUCGGACUUCGACACACUCGAGGAAGAAUCCAGAGUCAAGAUUCAAGGCGUUGGUGGUAUUGUUCCAGGUCGAUUCGGCACCCUCAAGCCGAACGUGCUCGGAAGUCAUUUAAAAGCGAUUUUUGCCAAGGAUUUACCCGUAGACCGACUGAUAAGCGUCGGCGGUCUGAACUCAGCCGGAUGGAGAGUAGUAUUCGGAGCGGUUCCAGAAGGUUCUCACUUAGAGCACAAGUAUCUUCGUGUGCCCCGGGUGAACUUGCAGAAAUCCGCAGGAGGUUUGCCAUAUUUGCAAGAUUUGUGCUUCGAAGAAAAUAGUGCAAGUAGCUCGUUUGUAAUCGACGAGUGCUAUUCUGAGGAUGAGCUUUUCUGUCCAGAAGUAGAGACUACAGAUUGCGCCAUCAAUCAGCCUCCCAUCGCAGCACUCUUAACGCGUAAACUGUCUGAGCGAGAACGGUAUCUCGAGCACCUUCGCAAUUGCCAUCUGUAUGACGAGAGGCUCGGCAAAGUCGAUUGCCCGCACUGCUCGAUGCAAAAAGCGAAAGCUGUGAGUCACAAGAAGGAACGACCUGAAGAAUUCCAUAAUCCGCCAUUUUUGGUAACAGCGUGCGACUUCUUCGGUCCAGUAGAGCCAACUUCCAUCAGAGGAGCGCGAUUAGCUUUGAUAUUUGUUGACGACGCAUCCAAGUACGCAGUUGGUCGAGGAAUUUCUUCGAAUGAUUUGGCUCCGAAAGUUCUGAAGGAGAUCAUUGAGGACCUUCGAACGAAGUUGGGCGCGAAAGGCACGAACAUGACUCCAAGUGGGAAGAUCAUCGUUGCAGGUAUCAGGUCGGAUAACGAAAGCGUACUCCGUUCCACUGAGUGGCGAUCGACAGCAAGCAAACUACAACUGAACGAGCUUCACAGUAUUCCUUAUAAGCCACAAGGCAACUCCGUCGUAGAGCGGUUAGUGGGGACACUAAAGUCGAACUUGCGAGCCAGCAUGGCCGGCGUCGACUUACGAUUGUGGUGUUGGUGCCUUGAGUACCUAAUAAUAAUUUACAACAUGAUCCCCAGGGACAUGAAGCGAAUUCCACUGAAAAUUUUCAGUGAUGGAAGAAAGAAACGCUUGGCGCUUACUGGGGGCAACUCGAAGUCCAACGAGCAAAGCAACUCAGGGCGUCGGCGCGCGGUAAAAGCUAGUCCUCUGGAGAUCCUCUUGAAUUUUUCAGAGGACCCAAUCACGAUGAUGAGAUCUGCAGAAGGAAAACUUAAACACAGGCGCCGCUUCGGUUGUCUAGUGUUCUUCAAGGUCCACCCUACUCCUACGAAAGUCUUUGCAGACCGGCGCAAGCCAGGGGUGUUUUUGGGUUUCAGUUCGGUCAACUCCGCUUGGAUAGUAGGAGGGAUUGUUUCUGACGGCAGGACCAAGACGGGUUUUAAGUUCAACGUCUACGAAACGAUCGACGUACAAUUCCACGAGAAUAUAUUGGUCGCUAAGAUCGAGGACUUGCUCCAGGUUCCGGAGAUUACUAAGUUGGAAGAUGAUUCGUCCGCUCGCAUGCCGGAAUAUGAUCCUUCUCGACCCUUGUCGCAGACGGGCGUGCUUGGAGAAAAGUGUGGCAGCUUGAAGGGUUCUAAGUACGAGUUAGUCAUCUGGGAGCCUGAAACUAAAGGCCAGGAGCCUGUUACCGCGGGACAGAUCGAGGCAUGGGAUCCAGUUAAAAAGGAACCGGCCCGAUUUAAAAGAAGUAAGUCAACCACGACCGAGGAAAAAGCUCAAAAUAAGUUCAGAAAAGUAGUGACAUUUGGAGCAGUUACGAAGAUAGCAUACGAUCCAGCAAUAGCAGCAGACGAUCAAGAUCGUUCCGUACCACAAGAAUCUAGUAGAGAGAAGUCUUCCUCCAGUAAAGAUGUUCCGCAGUACAUCCCUCCAGCACCUUCUUUUGCAUCUAGUAGCGCGCAGAAGUUAGCUCCGCUAGAACGUUGUGACGCAUACCAGACGACGCCGAUCACUAUGCCGCAGCACAGGCUUAAGAAACCUCGGUGGAAGAAGAGCAAGAACGCUUCCGCUACGUUAGCUACUGCUGUUUUCAUUCUGGACCAGCUACAAUUCGCAGCAUCGUACGUGGCUACGCAGGAAGCUUGUCGUCAGCUAGAACAAGAAGAAGAAGAAGAAGGCGAGUUUCUUGGUGCUGAAAUCAUGCUAGCUGCGCAGGAUGAAGAUGGUUUCAUAGGAUCGGUUCCGCCUAAGGUCGCCAUGAAUCCGCAAAGCCCUCACUACCAGAAGUGGAUAGAAGCGGAUGACUUGGAAAGAACGAAGCUGGAAGCGUAUCGUUGUUGGAGGAAACUAAGCGAGGACGAGGAAAAAGACUGGAUGGAUGGACGCCUCAAGGCAACCCCGACGGCGAUUCUGUAUAACCGCAAACGGGACGGUAGAUUCAAAGCUCGGUUAGUCGUUCUAGGUGACCGAUGGGAUCCUGGUGGCUAUCAAGAGUUAUACAGUCCUACGGUUUCGCAAGUUGGUAAUCGUCUUGUUCUUAUCGAAGCAGCACGUCGAGGAUGGGACAUUAUUCCGUAUGACGUCGGAAAUGCGUUCAUUCGAGCUUCUAUAGAUCGCACAGUUCUAAUCUCUCUGCCGAAGCAGUGGCGCGAUGGACAGGAAGACCAUGGCGUUAGGAGUUUACUUCGGGCGCUUUAUAGGUUACCGAUGUCACCUCGCUUAUGGCAGAAACAGUACGCCAAGGACCUACAGGAGAUGGGAUUCGAAGAGAGCCUACUCAAUCCCGGCAUUUGGACUAUGCGAGAUUCUUCUGGUGAACUCAUUGCGUUGCUGAGUGUUUAUGUGGAUGAUUGCAUUCUAGCCGCGAAGGACAAGGAGCUUACUAACGAUUUGAUCGAUAAGCUACAUGCUCUACACCCGUUAUCCAAGAUUAAAAUGGAUGAAGUUACCGAUAAGGAUGGCACUUGGCUUCACUUCGACAUGCUUGGGGCAGACGUUUUCUACAAUGCUCAAAAGAAGUCGGUGAAGAUCACGAUGGAGACUUACCUCAAGAAGAUGCUCAAGACGUUCGGUAUGGAGAAUUGCAGCAGCUUACCGACUCCAGCCUUCGACGAAGCACUUCUUUACCAAGAUUCGCCUCAGAUCGAGUUCAACAUUCGGCAGGUAACCGGCUCCCUACAAUGGGCAGCUACGGUGGCCAGACCCGAUUUAGCUCAAGUGACGAAUUGUCUAGCGCGUGCGGCAAACCGUCCGCCAACCAAAGCAAUCGUUGCAGCGUGUAAGCGUGUACUACGAUACGUUAAGGGAUCUUUGAGCGAAGGAUUAGUUUAUAGUCCCCAUCAAGAGCAGGAGUUCCAGAACCUAUUCAAGGACCUCUAUCGCCAUCCGGAGAAUAUUCAGAUCAACGAAAUGACUGAACAGGAGAAGAAGUUCGAGCCGAAGUCCUUUCACCCCAUCCAGAGUUUUGGCGAUGCAAGUUUUGCUUCUACGCUCGAAUUCAAAUCGGUUUCCGGUGUUGUCGUUUACUACUAUGGCUGUCCAGUUGUAUGGAAGUCCACGGCCCAGACGGUACGAAGUGGAUCUACGUGCGAGUCCGAAAUUGUGGCCCAGUCGGACCUUCUCAAAGUCUCGGAAGACAUCCAUGCAAUUCGCCGCUUUCUUCGAGGUGUACCAGAAACAGGCGAUGGAGACAAUGAUAAAGGACCUUUGUACUGUGAUAGUCGUAGUGCUAUAAUUAGCUUAAAGAAAACCAACCUUAGUGACGUACCUAAAAAGAGUAGACACGUAGCCCUACGCUACAUGCAAGUGCGGGACGACGCGCAGCGUCUUUGUUACGUUCCAACGGGCAUGCAGAGGAGUGAUGGUUUGACUAAGAGUUCGACCAAUGGCCUGCUUUACAAAAACUUCUUCCAUGUUCAAAACAUGAAGAGAGAUGCUAACCUUCCUACUUAUUGUUUUCUGGCCUAUGCAAUUCCAUACUAGGAAGGCAUGUCUUACAUCUUCAAAGUCAUUCAAAUCGCAUGCAACAAACUCCAUCUUUUGCCAAGUUUCACAUCUUCAACACCAACGUCCGCGCUUGUAUUAUAACAUUUUCCACUUUCUCAAAAUUAACUUUUGCUACAUUUUCCUAGCUUAGUCCGUAUUAGCUAACAGCAAGAGACACACAGUACGACAAGCCAAAAAUAAUUAAUGAAGAAAUAACUAAACAGCUAGAGCAAGAAAAGCAAGAAACUACUACCAACAAACAAAGAAGUAAAACCACAAAAGUGAACUACUUAAACUUUACCUUAAGCCACUGGCUAAGUAUACUCACUCGACAAAGUGUAAAGUUUAGAGUAUCUAGCCUUGAUAGGAUUGCUUUUCUUUCUUUCGUUUUCUGCUCGGUCGCUUCAGUUUGGUGGAGGGCGUUACCUCUAACCCGUUGCGCAUCGUUCAGUUUGCGUUUGAAGGGGGGAAUGUCGAUCCCCAAAUUAUGAAUCAUCUCAAGCAUGAACAUGAAGAUCAUCCUACCAGUACGGAAGUCAACAACUUAAAGAUUUACGAACAUCAUGAUCAAGGAAACAACAGGAACAAGAAAAUCAUAACGACAACAACACGAAGAUCAUCACCAUCAGGAUCAGCAACAUCAUCAACAUCAACAACAAGAUCAAAGUCUUAAGGUCUUAAACGUGUGCAGCAAGUUGCAAGUUGAUGAGUUAAAUAGUUGGUCCGGAUCUAGUUAGCUUAGGCAGAUGAAAGGCACUAAGCCCCAGGGAUCUUCGUACUUAAAAACAACAAAAACCAAAUAUUUUGUCUUCUCAAAUUUAUCCUGUGCUUGUGCAGAUUAGCACUAGUACACAGGACAGGGACGACAUCGCUAGAAUGAUGAACUACAUCAUUCAAAUCCGUAGCCAUUGGGCUACCUUAAGGUUUAUCUAAUUUUGAUGUUCUCCUGGCCGCAAUAAUAAACUCCAAGGGUGGAAAUAUACAUCCUCUCGCGGCUCCGGGAGUGCCUUCGGCUUCAGAGCGGCACAGUGUUGAUGGGGCAACUGCCUCUAGUACUACAUCUGGUGGUCGUAUAGGUAAUAUUAGCCCUAAGCAGGAGCUUCAACAAGCAGGAGAGGACGUAGGAGCUUCAAGAAGUUCAAGCUCAUCAGGAUCUAGCUCACCAUCGAUUCCACCAACUACUCCCCUCUUCACAACUAGGAGGCAUAGAGCACCAGUUUCGAAUUCAGACGUGGCCCAUGGCCACAGUCCUGACGUGUCUAAGAUCCAGCGGGAAAUGAUGCUACUGAACCAAACCAUUCGCGGCAUGGCUGAGGUGGUUCGCGCUCAAACGGAGUCGCAGAAGCGCAUGCUUCACACGCCCACUAUUUUAAAGGAGCCAGAUAGCAUGUCCCACGAAACACAGAAAAAACUUCUGACCGCUCAGAGAAACAGCCGUGCUGCUGCUGGCAUCGUGGAUCAAGACAAGAACAAAGUGAGUGGUGAAAAUACCAAUCAAAAUUAAGGUCUAUCAGCUUUUAUCCAUCUCUCUCAGCAUGUCGAUCAUACCCUGUUCCCUUGUAUUUCAUGGGAAACAAGGGGUCGAGAUGAGGGGGCCGCGAUGGAUAAAAGCUGACCCUGACGCUAACAAAACGAAGCCAAGGAACAAGAAAAGAUUCAUAACGAGAGUAAGGGCAUUUUAGGAGGUCAUGGUAAAACCAUAGCGGCAGCGAUGGGCUUGGGUGCUGCUGGUCUAGCAGGUUACGCUGCUUACAACACGAUGAAAAACGCUCCCAAGCGCUACACUGCGAAAUUGUAUCGUCGUGGUUGGCAGGCCUCUUCGGAAGAGGAGAAAGACUACGCAGAUGCUGACAGGGAGCUGGCUUUUAGUUAAGGCAGCUCAAUGUAGUUUUUCAUUUUCCUCUUCCUUUUCCUCUUCCUUUUCCUCUUCCUUUUCCUCUUCCUUUUCCUCUUCCUUUUCCUCUUCCUUUUCCUCUUCCUUUUCCUCUUCCUUUUCCUCUUCCUUUUCCUCUUCCUUUUCCUCUUCCUUUUCCUCUUCCUUUUCCUCUUCCUUUUCCUCUUCCUCUUCCUCUUCAAUAUAAAAGUGGGAAAUGUAGUAGUAGUUGUGUCUGAUUUCCACAGGUCCACCUCGUCAACACGACUUUCCUCCUUGUUCUUGGAUGAAGAUAAUGAAGAUGAGCUAAAAAAGCUAGUGCUAUUGAAGUAUUUAAUGCUUUGAUGUCAACCAGCGGCUCUAACGUAGAAAAGCUCAGAACUUGACGCUAGUCGAAGAGCCAGACGCAGUAACGAUGUGGAGUCAGGCCCAAGACGCUGGCAAUUUCGUGAAGGCAGGCAUAAAAGGAGGCGCCGUCGCGGCAGGCGAAGCCUUAAAAAGUAAAGAAGCCGGCGAUUUCCUCGCGUCAGCAGGGGAAGCCACAGGAGGAGGUCCCGACCCGAGAACGCAUUCUGCUCUAGCAGAGUCGGCAGUUUCCGAGACACCAAAGUUAAGCGCUCUAGUUGUACUUGUACUGCUUGCAAGUUCAUCAAGUUGGCCUUGGGGAUCUCUCUGUAUUAAUAUCAGUGUGAUUUUCUUCUUCAUUAUAUAAUCAAUCUAUGUCUAUGACCUCCUUAUUAUUUCAAGCAGAAGUACUUGAGUACAAGUACAACUUCUAAAGGUGCCUGAACUCGCGGAUCCAGUGCCUUUUUCUGCUCUUGAGGUUGAUGAACUAGAUGGACCUACUCACUUUAUGGCUUCCCCUAUUCCAUCUUUUACCCCAUCUUUCUAUGAGCUCGCUGCUUUCAAGUAGAAAAAGGGACACAGAUGGGGGAGAAGAUGGACUCCUGUAGUGAGCUCUAAUAACUACGGGGAGUGGAGGCAGCCACGUUCCUCAACAGGGAGAAGAGGACGGGGAGGGGGAGGGGGACAUCUUCACCAAGCAAAACAAGAACUUCAUCAACAUCUUGAAGGAGAACACGGACUAGUGCGAGGACCUAGAAGGAGAGCGACGAACUUCAGCCUUCUGACUUUAAGGCGUCAGACCACUUCCCGUAAUCAAAAUAAUCCUCACCUUCGUUCGGAUUAAUAGGCAUGUUGAAGCUCCUGAUGUCAUUCGAUACGCAUAUAACUUUGUGCGAGAAGGUUCAUUGUAUUCUACAGAAAUGUAAAGUCAGUCUUCGGUCAUCUUCCUCGGUUCAAAAGCAUUAUUGUACUCUAUUGCGUGAUCUCGUCUGUGUCUUCUAUCUCAGCUUGAAGAAAUGGAGGACAACCUGGAGUGAGCGCUAAUGAGGGGAUCUAGCAGUGGAUCGAGUGGAGGUCUUGCAGGGAGUGCAAGCAGUGGAUCGAGUGGAGGUCUUGCAGGUCUUACAGGGAGUGCAGGUAGUGGUCCUAGCGGUGGAUCGAGUGGAGGUCUUGCAGGGAGUGCAGGUAGUGGAUCGAGUGGAGGUCUUGCAGGGAGUUCAGGUGCUGGAUCGAGUGGAGGUGCUGCAGGUAUUGCAGCGAAUGCGUCGACUAUUGCUGCAGCGAAUUCUGCUGUCGUUAAGGCUUGUGGUAAUCCAUUUUCCGAUUCUGAAACAUCCUGAGUAGGCUUUUCCAGGUGGAAAAGGUCUCAGAAUGAUCUUCAGGAUGGAUUAGGCUGAGCUCUAAUGUAGCUGCAAAUCCUGCUUUAUCGAAUGCCGCGACACAACUCAAAAGUAAUCCGAAUAACCUCGCUGCCUUAAAUGCGAAUCCACAAGUGGCCGCUGCCUUAAAUGUUAAGGAUAUAGUACGGAUUUGGAUUAUCAUUAUUUGAUGAACUGUAAUAUGGCUUGGACUUGGUUUUUGGUUUUUACUUUAGAAAAGGUAAGCGUGUUGCAAUCACAUUCAAGCGCAAAAAUUCUUCCUAUCGGCCUUGAGCACUAGCCUAAACCUCCCUAACCGCCGCCCGGUGGUAGCUUAUAUACUACUUAUUACAUGGCUCGUUAGGAAGAUGUGAGUGAAUGAAUUUUUGACUUUGACUUAAGAUGAUCAUCUUCAUGCAGCCCGUUCUCAUGCUUCAGAAUUAUCAGGACAAUUUUUGUACAAAUAGGGGAAUGGCGACAUCCACAUCCACUUCCCUCAUCUUUUCCUCCGUUGAUUUCUCAAUGAGCAGUGAGGAGAUCAUUUAUAUAUAUGAAAGCGGGAUUCAGUUAGUACUAGAAUACGAAACAUAUAUAUCUCACUCUCACCACUCAGACGAGGUUCAAUUGUAGACUAAAUUAAAUUGUAUUUGCAGGCACUAAGUAAUUAAAUAUUGUUGUGCAGUACAAUUGGAAAGUCGAAAAUGAUUUUUAAGUGAACCAUCUACCCCUCAAGAACUCACAUUUUUCUACUUCUUCUACCUCAACUUCUCAACUCUACUUCUAAGAUUAGUCAAGGCGUGAACGCUGGAGCCGCCACCGCAGCGCUUGGUGCAGUUAGUACAGGCACGGGAAACGGUCAAAGCCCGAUGAUGGCUGGUCUAAGUGCAUUGCAAGCCUUCAAUGCGGGAAAUAAUGCUUUAAGGCAUCCCAGGAUUAUCGUGCAUCUCGUCUACGUAUAGUAUAGCACUCAAGAACCAACAGCAUCAUAGGUGCGCAUCCCAAUACAUAGAUACAAGGGCAGAAAGCAUAAUCGAGGCUGGUCUCCUUGUUAGUCACCGUCUUACACCAUUCAUCAUCAUCGUCAUUAUUGUCACUAUAUUGAGGCAUACAGUAUGCAGGUAAAACUGUGGACGGCGGAUCGAGUUCUGUCCUAUCCGGUGUAUGAUCCCAAACGACCCAAUAGAUGCAAAAGAAAGAAAUUUAUUGAGACUCUAAAUGCUGCCGCAGGUGGAGGAACAAAUACAUCAACCGCUUCCGCCGCCGUUCAGGCUGCAAUGGAACAAGCUGCCGGUGUUAACGGAGAAGUAAAGUCUAUUAAGGGAAAGGGACCACCUGCUCAGCAGGAUAUGUUCACUCAUUUAAGUAACAUUUGCACCACCUCAGGAUAUGGAUGCUUAUCAUACAUAACCAAGGAUAUUAAAUUAUAACUUAUUUAAGUGAAGAUGUUUUGGAAGACGUUUGUUGACUCAACGUUUAAUAUUUAUCUCUAAUUUUUUUCCAGACCCUUUUCUGCGAGGGAUUGACCAAAUGGGCACGCGCAUUCUGAUGGCCAGAUUCAAAUUAUGGGUUGAAACAUUUCAUUUCUGGAAGCCUUUGUCACUCAGCCUUGGCACUGCGAAAUGAAUUGUCUCAACCCUUUAAGUAAAGCGGAAAACAAACUGAAGGCGUUCGAACUGAAUCCCACACUCGUCGAAAGGGCAACACUGAUAAAACGUCUCAACAUUAAGGCAAGGGCUAUCAAUCAUGUAGUACUUGUUAGUGUUAGAAGUCUGUCUAAAUCAUUCCUUGUCAUUGUACGUAGUCUGUCGCACACUAUCUACUCGAGGUCGUGUGAAGCUGGUGGUUGUAUAAAAAGUGGAGUGUAGAAGUCACCAUCUUCUUUAUCUAUCCGGAGGUGUGAAGCUUGUUUGAUGUUGUAUCCUAAUAAAAAGUGAGUCUAUCAAUCUGGAGGUGGGAAGCUUGUUCGUUGUAUCCUAAAAAGUGAGUCUAUCAAUCUGGAGGUGUGAAGCUUGUUCGUUGUAUCCUAAAAAGUGAGUCUCUAUCAAUCUGGAGGUGUGGCUAUUUUGACUAGCUCUUCCUUUAAGAUUGAAGACUACACCGAAAUAAUCGAUGGGCAUUUACCUCAGGAUUGCGCCUUAGGGUUUCAGGACCACGUUGCAGAGGGAGAGAACAGCGUGAACCGGUUAGCCUUUCUUUAAGGCAAUGAAUGCUGUGGAUUAUAUGGUUCUUUAUCUACAGCAAGUGCAAGAACUACAUAUUUUUCUUCACGGAGUGAGACUCAAACUCGAUAAGUUUUUUAUCUUCAUCUUCUUCUUCACGGAGCGAUUAAUAUCCUUGCUAGCAUAUCGUUUUCAUACCGAAUUCUUGCUAGGAUUCCGAGGAUAGAAGUAUGUGUUGUACGAAAUAUCAGCCUACACUUACUUAGAAGAUGAAAAGUUACCAAUUAUCGUGACCUCCUGGCAACAUUUCUUGAUGUUAAUUCAUCCAUUAGAGCCUAGUGCAACAUCAUGCUUGAUUAUAUCGUGACCACACCCUCUCCCUCUAAUAUCCCUGUCCGGCGAAGGCUCCUAAAGCUGUGAAAGCUGGCGUGGCACGUUGUAUGGGAAUACAGUGCAAAGACGAGCCAGAAGACCAGAAGCGGUGCUGCGUGACCCAAAGUGGGAAGUUACCACCUCAACAAUGUAAAUUAAGGCUCCAACCUCCACUUGAAUCAAUCCCGUGAAAUAAAUACUAAAGAGCAGGUAGCCCGUGCCAGGAGAGUCUUGGACGGGAGGUACUGAGGCAAGUACAGACCCUUGCUGAGGCAAGUACUGACUCCUCGAGUAUAUUAAUUUUCAUUUUGUUUCACGGGAUUAAUACUUCACGGGUGGACGGGUUAGUGCUAGUUCUAAGUAAAGAAGCGUUCGAAGGCUUCCACCAAUCUGGGGAUGCCAAAGUGACCGAGACCACAGGUACACGCACAUCAAAAGUUCCUUGUUUAGCAGGCUUGAUUUAGUUUUACAAGUACGAACAACUUGUUAGUACAUAAGCAGAAGAUGAAGAGUUCUUGUCCAAAGGUGCAUCAGACGUUUAGAGAGACCACUGCUUUCUAGGCUACUAGGAGAAUUGUACAUGGAAGAGAUGAAGAUUUUCGUUUUGCUUUUGUGAAUCCUCAGGUGGUCGUAUCGGAAAAAUGAUGUGUCCAGAAGCUGCUUUGCCCCAAGAACUCCACUUUCCAUCCUCAGGUAUUGGCAAAAUGAUGUGUCCUGAAGCUUUACCCGAGGUGAACGACUUCGCAGUGUGCGGAGCUGACUGUGCUCGUGAGACAGAUGAGCUGAAGUGCUGCAUUCCCGCUGGCUCUAUCGACGGAAUGAGAGGGAAAGUGGACACAGCUCUAAAAGUUCUGGAGCAUGCAGAAGCGAACGCGCAAGUGUGCGAGGAGGGAUUUAUGGAUUUCGAUCCUCUGGGAGUGCGUAUGCCUGGCAUCGGAUAUGUCGAAUUGAGUUUAAGGCUAGUUUUUCGAGGAAUGAAUUAAUAUUCUUUUUCUUGAUCAUGUUAAAGAGCAUCUUCCAUGAUGAGCAUCCACCCAAAUAAAGCAAAAAGAAGCAUUGAUUAAUUUGAUUAAGGGGACGUGCGCCUACGACUACGAAAUCGAGAAGUUCUACACCAUCUUAAUUGUGGAGGUUUUCAAAGAACAAAAUGCUUUGCUGUUUUUAAGAGGGCGCUCUUGUGUAAGAAAUAUUACACAAGAACCUGUAAAGAAACACGAUCUUUCUUCUCGCCUUCUAAUAGAGCACAAGAAUGGGAGCAAAAAGACGAGGGAGAAUAUGUGUCCUGAAAAAGUGCCAAAAGUGCGACACGAUCCCAAGGCAAGGUGUGUUGGGCAGAAGUGCGAGGAAACUGCAAUUAACUACAACCAGUGUUGCGUCACGGAAAGACAAUCGAAGCAAGAAGCAGCAACUCUAGCGGCUUAUGAUCUUGUUGUUGAUUGAUUCAAUAUUGAACUGUAAGUUUGUUAGAGCAGUUAGUUACUUUCCUCUACAUGAUCUUCACACUGUCCCCAACGACCGAUUUAAUUCUUGAUUUUUGAGAUAUUGAUGAUGAGCAGGUGGAGCUUAAUAUGUUGACUAGCAGCUGAUAAAGAGCCUACUAGUACUAUUUAUUUAAGUAUUUAUCUGUACUUUCUUCUUUCUAUAGAAGUAAAAGAUAGUCUACAACAACACGACCUCGACCUGCUUCCAAUUUCAUCCUCACCAUACUCACCCGACUUACGCUACUUCUUCUAGUUCCCAAAGUUUCUGUUAGUUUCUUCUAACACAACAGACCAGUGUCCUUUCCCGUAGUCUAAAAUCUCUUCUAGAUGAUCUACUUCUGGUCCCCACUUUCUUCAUCUGUUAGUUUCCUCUACUUCUUCUUCUAGAUCUAGUAAGUCCCCACUUUCUUCAUCUGUUAGUUUCCUCUACUUCUUGUUCUUCUAGAUGAUCUACUUCUAGUCCCCACUGAUUUCAUCUGUUAGUUUCUUCCUCUAACACCUCGGACCUGUGUCCUUACCCGGUCCUACGAAAGUCCCAGACCUGCUAUCUCUCCUGGAACACGCAGAAGCCGAAGAGGACGACUUCGUUUCGGAGAAAAACAUGAAAGGACCACCAGCACCGAAACCAAGUGAAGAAGUUAAGGCGACGAAGGGGUCAAGUUCUUCAAUUAUAGAUACUUAUCUUCUUCUAGAUCUAGUAAGUCCCCACGUUCUGUUAGUUUCCUUCUCUAACACCUCGGACCUGUGUCCUUACCCUCAGACUCCUUCUUCACAAUUAUAGAUACUUAUACUCAUAUCUAAAUCUAUCAGUCGUCUUCAAUUAUACUUAUAAUCAUAUCUAAAUCAAAUACUUAUUCUCAUAUCUAAAUCUAUCAGUGAGAGUGACCAAAAAUGAGAUGAUCAAAUUGGUGACCAAUGAGAAGAUGACUUCCGAGCAGAACCUCUAAAGCAGGGUGGGCGAUCUACGGCGACCGGAGCUGCACACCAGCUGAAGUUCUCCAGCGUGGUACAGUGGAGGCCAAACAGUACGAAACUGCUUCGACAAUAUCAUCCGAUCCACUAGCUUCGCUCGAGGACCGCAAUAGUCUUGCUACAAGAUGUAUCAAAGUUAAGGGUACAAGAAAUCCAUCUUGCUCACAGGCAUCUACUUGAUACACGAAAUGCAAACGGAAGUAGUAGGUUACUGGUCUUCUAUACUACCCCUGGAGUUAAUAUACUACCCGCCCUGGAGUGGGUGCAGGCAUUCAAAUAUAUCUUGUUCACAGGGGGGCAUCUUGAUCCCCUUGUUUUGCCUUUUUAUUUAUUCUCAUUAUUAAAUUGAAUACACUCAAGGGGAAACAAAGGGGUCGAGAUGACGGGACCAAGAUGGGUAAAUGCUGACUCUAACAAAGCUUGCGCGUUGAACAAAGACUGCAAAGGGUUUGGUCUAUUUUACCCAGCUUUAAGGCAAGCUGCUGCUGCGUAUAAUUUUCCGUCGAUUUUUCCUAAAGUACCUAGAAUUUCCUCCUCGACGAUCCUACUACAUCGAGCAACUACAUAAUAUUAUUUUAUUCAAAAGGGGGAAAUUGAAGUCAAUGCUAAGAAAGGGAUACCGAUACGCGAUGUCGUGUUUCAGAUAUUCAUAGAGUCAUUGAGAGUGGAGUUGUCGAUGACGCUUCUAAAUUCGGUAGCGGUAAACGCAAGCGACGAAAAAACGACAGCAGCAGUUACUCCGAAGGUGCUGCAUGUGUCCACGAUUGAAGGCGCAUCAUCCGGUGGCGCUACUCUUCCAUCAGCCGUUAACGGCGACUAUGAGUUCCACGAAGAGAAGUGGACCCAGUAUAAUCGUUGGGGUUACACCGGCCCGCAGAUCGACGCCAUACGGAAGUACUAUAUUUUGCCUCAACAUAGAGGCACACAGAUUAAAAUGGUCGGACUUUUUACGCCCGCAUACGAUUACUACACUUAAGGCGAGUUCAUUCUUCAUCUAGAAACAGAGACCCAAUAAACUAUUCUAUGUCUAUUAGAAUUAGAAAAUGGAUAUGGUUGUCGUGGAUAUGUCGUGGAUAUGCAAGAAAAAGUAGUAGUGGAGUAGUCUUUUAUACCCCUGGAGUGGGUACAUUCGCUCAUUCACUCAUUCAACACUCAUUCGUGGGGCUUCCCCUUUUUUCGCUUUUCCUUCUUACUUGGUAGAGACGCCUACAUUCCGGAUAUUCCCUUACCUUUGUUCCCAAUGACCAUGACGAUCUCUGAUGCAAGGAGUCACUUCUGAAGUACAAGUGAACCCCUGUUUUUAGUCUUUUCAACCAAAGGACUCCUUCUCCCGAAGAAGCCUAACCUAACUCUACCGUUUUCUCUCAUAGUAAGUUCGCCCCGUAUAAUUGAGCUCCACCACUGUUUCAUUACUUUGUUACGCUCCCGCUUCUCCUCGUCCUCCUCCUCCUCCUUUUUCUCCAUUUUCUCCUCCUCCUCCUCCUCCUUUUUCUCCUCCUCCUCUAAGACCCUCGGCAGUCAGGAGAGAAAGGUCGUUAUUGGUGGCAAUUGAAGACUGCUACACCACAGCCCCAAAGUUUUCGAAUAGUACAUAGCGAGGACGGAACAAAAUGGGAAAUACAGAUGCUGCGAUAUAUUUAUGGCUGACGCUGACAACGAACAGUAGGUUACUAACGAAGUUGUUCAGUAGUUGUUCAACAUCGUAAGUCUAAGUUGUAUUUAGUCUACUAAGUCUUAAGAAUCUAAAUCUUUUUCUAUUUGGCCCCUUUGGCUUUGGGUUUGAAUUUGAUUGAUAAUGUUGAAACUAGGUAGUAAGCAAGGCAUCAAAAUAGACCCCAGCCGAAACAUCAUUGAUUCGUUUCGCUUCAAGAUGAAGCUGAAUAGGAAUACUUCUUCAAGUUGAAGCUGCAAAAUAUUUUUCUUAAAGUACUCGGUUUUUGUUUUUUCUAAUUAGGUAUGCUCCACCAACUUUAUUAAAGGCACUACAGGUACAACUACUAGUACUACUAUUCUACUUAUGCGCCGUAUGCGUGAGCGUAAGGAGGUCCGUCCACGACCUCUAAGAUUUACCAGAGAAAGCUGCAGAAAACGCAGGAAAACAACCAGAAUGGAACAGGAAUACGCCAUCGGGUGCAACUCCAGAUCUUACGAGUACCGUUGUCCUCGGCCAAGCUGACGCUGCAAUUCCAGCACCACCAAAUGAACCGCAGGCACAACCACUGCCGCAGGAUUUAUUAAGGCAUUGCCGCAAGAAAGGUUCAUCUAGUGAAUGGUUCUGGUAUUUGGUAACCUGAAUUUGAUCCUAAGGGAAAACAAGAAGAGAACCCUUAGGAUCAAACUCAGGUUACCAAAUACCAGAACCAUGCAUCUAGAUUAUUAGUUUAAGUAUAAUGGCGCCUCCUAUUUUGGUUUUGGUAAUAUUAUUCCUUUUCCUUUACCUACUCCUAUGUAUUGUUCAAACUCAAACUCGAUUAAAUCUAAAUCAAUGUGGUAGAUCUACGUCUUAUACAUAGUACAUCAACGACCUCGUCCACAAAGUUCGUCACGAGGAGGUCUUCUCAUCUAAUGUUCCUUGCCACGGUAGGAGAACCGAAGAAUGUGCAACCUGACUACGUGCCGAACGCCUUCAAAAAUUACGGCUACUGCUGAAGCAUAUCCUUAACACCAUCCUCCUUGGUUCCUCGUUUAUUCAAGGGAAAAAGAGGCGUCAAAGGACUAUUUUGUCCCGCCACUUGCAGGCUAGUCGUCCCACCAUGUUGAUGAUGAUCAAGGACGAUGCAACUUGGUAAAUCUAAAAAAACGGCUUUGGUCGCCCUCCAGAAAGUGGCUGGCAUAGCUUUAGCGGUGUCGAGUUGCCGAGCUUCCGCACCAAGUGGAUGGGAGAGGGAGCUUUCUGUCAACAGUAUGGAACCCUCAACGACAGUUCCCUAAUGGGUCGUGGCGAAGGUCCGAGUAGUGCAACACGGAGUAGGGAGUGCUGGGUCAAAGACGUCUUCUAUUUCGACGAUAAAGAACAUGUAGAGGACACAUUGGGAAAAGAGGAAAGUUUCUGCGUUAUCAGAGGUGGAAUGGUAGACUCCAUGCAUUCUACGUUGCAGAAAGCACGCGCGCGGCUGGACCUAGUAUUAAGGCUCCAAAGUCAAAGAACCCUAUCCCUACACCCCACGUGGAUGAGAGAGUCCCGUUAAAGUACUGCGCUUUUAGUGCCUGGCGGAUUUUCGCGCUGUACUGAGGCUAGGAAUCUGGUCUGAGUAUUUUAACCGGGCCUACUCACGGGAUGGGUUCCGGGUAGCUCUAAUAGUAGCGCCAGCCGGAGCGCUCGACAACACCAGUCGCGCAGUUUGCCGAGUGACGCGAAAAAUAGGCACGAAUAUCGGUGGGGAAGGGCCUGCGCCUAAUGCACCAGCUGAUCCUAGUGCACCAGCUGAUCCUAGUGCGGUAGCUGAUCCCAAACCCAAUGCACCAGCUGAUCCUAGUGCAGGUCCUAGUGCAGCAAAGGACGCCUCCUCUAGUGGUCCCUUACAGAUAGAAAUCGAAAAUCUAAGUGAUCCGGAACUCGAUGAAGCAGGUGGAGAUGGUGGUGGUGGUGUAACGCAGAGUGUGCGAGACGAAAAACAGGGGUGGAACGCAGCGUGGAAGGACUCAGCUGCACUCGAUGGACUGAAAAACACCUGUCGAUAAGGCUCUAGAAGUACCUGUGCUGUAGAAGUACCUGUGCUGAUAGAUGUGGUAGUUUUACCUUGUGAUUUGAAUCUCUCUCACUAAGACUAACUAGCACGACUAGACGGACCAUCACUUGUUCUAAUGUGAAAGCGUAUGCACUCGUGGGAAGCCAGCAUACUAUUUGAAAUGCGGAAAACCGGAAUCUGAAGAUCAGACGCAGUCAAUCGUGAGGAUUUCAUCUGGCGACAGAGGACAUCAUAAUCCGUUUGACGGCGAAUAUCGGAAAACGCAAAAUUUGAAUGGUGAAGAAGCUUUGCAGAUACCUGAAUUUUGGAAAAAAGUUGUUGCCACUGACGCUACUAGUGCUGAAGGCGAAGGAGGAGCAGGCGCUUCUGGUGCUGGAGGGCAAUCAACUGAAGUAGAUAAGUCGACAAUUUUUCGCAUUGCUAGAGGCGAGUUGCCGGCCUCAGGCGCAGAUCGGCCGCCAAGAGCUGCGUGGCUGCUCCAACGACGAAAAUGGGCUACGCCAGCUCAACAUGAAGGACAAGUGAUCAGUUGGGAAAAAGCGCCAUUUGGCACUGAAGCUGCGAAAGUUAGGGCUUGCUUUCCCAAUUUAACUUGACCUUAUAGAAAAUAUUUAUAAGAAAUAUGUAAUACGUAAGAUGCACCAUGAUAGAUCAUCCUCCCCUUGUUAAUAUUUGGGUCUCCUACGGACCUCGCCUUUUCUAUGUCUUUAUAAGGGAAGAAAAAAAUUGUGUCUAGGUCAGAGAAGAUUUGACUUAGAAGUACUUGCGAUGAAUAUGGGCAAGAAAAUACAGGUGUUCUAAGAAACAUCAAGAAUUUGAGGACGAGAGCGUGGCAUUCGCACCUGUAGUAGGAGAUGACUUUGAGCAUCCGGCUGCCUUUGGUUGGUCAAAGGACAUGAAUGCAAGGUCGGCGGGAGGUGGUGGUGGUGCAGAUGAUGCUGCUGGAGAAGGAGAUGAUGCUGGUGCUAAAGCUGAAGGAGGUGUGGAUGCGGAAGGAGGUGGGCAUUCUGCAAACGGUCAGAAAGCCAAUAAGAAGAAAAAGACGGGUAACGAAGUGAAGAAACUAGCAGCCCUUGAGAUCGAUAGAGAGGAGGAAGGGUCUUCGGAUAAAAUGGGUAAAAAAUUUAGUAAUUUCGCUGCCGACGAUGACGAUAAAGACGCUUCGACUAAAGAAGGUCAAAAUAUGAAGCAAGGCGGGGAUGGUGGUGGGAGUGGUGGUGGUGAUAAUGGAGCAGCAGCAGACGAAUCUAGUAGUGCAGGAGGAGGAGUCGCAGCUAAAAGCAAACUAACGCUGACCUACGAAGCAGGAGAGGGCGUCAUGUCUGCCAAACUCUGCCAGUCUGCAAAGACAAAAGCGGACUGUGCUACGCAUCUUAGCGCUGACGGUCAACACUGUUGUCACUGGCUUACAGAGGGAAAUGGCAAGAUGACCAUUCUGAAAGACGCCAACGAUGUCCUUGUUAAGGCCUCACUCGGACUCGAUCCAUCUUCGGAAGCAUCUCAGGGACGUUGUCAAGGGGAAAACCGUCCCAGGACGCACUUCGAGAUGGAUCAGGGUGAGCUCUAACCUUGGAGGUGGAGGCGAAGAAGGCGAUGAAGGAGAGGGUGGAGACGAUAUUAAGGCACUGACGAAAACCGUGAAAUGCGUAAGCGCGAUUAGCAAUAAGCGUUGUGACCGUCCGAAUGCUGGUGGAUCUGCGGACGAAAAAUUCCUCAGCAGGCAAAUGUAUGAAGAUGUAUCCGAGAAUACAAAAUUUAAGGCUCCUCCUAAUCCACCUCGUGAAGCAUCCAUCCUGGGUACUUAGGCUCUUCAAGGGGAAAAAGGUCCCAGGAUGGUCCUCAAGGCGGAUCAGGGUGAGCUCUAAAAAAUGCGGCAACGGCGAAGUUGGUGUCAGAAAACUAAUCGGCGCCACUGCUGCGGAGCAAUGUGCGGCUCUUGUGAGUAUGGACCCUCAGUGUGGCGAUCAUGACCGAGAAUUGAAGUACUUCAGCUUUCGACCUGCGGCUAAUCAGGAGAACAACUGUCGCUGUGGCAUACUCGACAACGCCGAGUGCAAUGGUGUUAUGGCGAAAUAAGGCUUUCACUCUUUAUCUUUCGAUGAAAUCUUCAACUUGUUCAUACAUAAUUCACUAGCGUCUCAACAUUGGAUCUGCAACAGCACAUGCUUCCACAAGCUUCCCCUUCCUCACUCACAAUCGAGGAAUCAAUGAUAAAAUAAGUGCUGAGUCUAAAUCUAAAUUCUUCCCCAAUAAAUUGUUCUUCUUGUGCAGACUGUCUGAUCCUCGUCGUCCUUCUUCUAACAUCGGUUCGAUGCCUUUGGACGAAACCGAGCGCGCACAGGUGGGAACAAAUGUCUACCGCGUAGCGCGUCAUCCGAAACCGCCAAGCUACAAGACGUUUGGGGUACCGAUUUGGGGUGACGAAGCUGCCGAUGCGUCACAAAUACCAGACAGUUGUCAAGCAGUGGCCGCCACGAAGUUCGAGCUCUUUCCUGGGGAACGAACUGCAGACGCGUUAGUGCAAUUGGGCUUUCUAGAUGCGAAAGACCUAGAUACAGCGCAGAAGAGUGCAACCCAAAACGCGUUGCAAGAGUUUACUUAAGGCUAGCUUACCGUAAAAAUUCAUCUUGAGAAGCAUCUUCAACAUCUAUGCAUCAUUUAUUCAUUCAUCGCACAGUAAAAGCAGGCCCUCAAAAAUUCACAGCUUCACACGAUAAACUGAAACUGAAUGAGUAAGGUCCAAUCCACCCGUAUCACGUUUAGCAGAAAAGGUCCCCUCACGUUUGAAAUAGUUGUAUGGUUCCCUUUUCUUUAAAGAAAAGAACACGCGUCAGAGUAAGAUGCUCUUCAUACUACAUAGGCAAAUUCAAAAAUUUUUAUGCCUUUGCCUAGGCCUACACUACAUCUAAUCUACGCCUCUCCCGGUUAAGGGGAACAUUUUUGCGGUGACGGCAAGUGGACCAGAUUUCUUGAAUGGAUCCAUCGCGAAUUUAGCAUCGUCACAGGCACGUGGGAGCCAGAUAUUAGAUAACUACGGAAAAUUCGGCAUGAACGCUGCAAACAUGGUAGGCUUAGGAGGCGUUGCGACAGGUGCAGUGGGAAUGGCUAAGGGUGGCGCCAACGUCCUCGGAUCCGUAGCGCCAAGUCCUUUGAAAUUAAGCGUUCUCAGAUGAGUUACAUAUGUUCUCAGAUUAGUUACAUAUAGAUUCAUGCCACCUGCUCAAUGGUGCCAACAUUCUUUACAACCUCUCACUGCCAUUAGUGCCGCCGGUAGACUAGGAGUACUACUCGGAAUGCCACUCAGUCGGUCACUCUUUUACAUCCUCGCGCACGCUAACAUAUUAUACCACGAUCCUUGACGUAGAGGUAGACGCUGAGGACAUGUUUGAAACAACAGUAGGAAAUGAAAAGUCAACCUUCAUGUUGAUCUGAAGAAUGCAUCUUUCCUAGUAGUAGUCAACGUUGAAUGUUGUUGAUCUGACUCUGAAGAAGGCAAGAAUGACUCUGAAGAAGGCAACGAACCUGCUCUAAUCAAAGGAAUCGCAAACACGGGCAUGACCGCAGGGACAGUAGGCAUUGGAAUGGCUGGAGGCUUGGGCAGCCAAGUCCAAGGCGCCGCCACAAGCGCUCUGGGGGGUGGGAAGACAGCGCAAAUGCUCACAUCUCCGUUGAAUCCGUUGUUAAGGCUUUUAUUAUUUAUAGAGUUAGAGAAUUCUUCCAUCUUACUUAGUUACUUACUCAGUUUGACAUACUGCAUCGAUCGAUUUGUAUCCUGGUUCAAAAGUUGUAUUUUGCUGGGGUAGCAUAAUCAUAAUGGGAAUGGGUAUUUUGCUGGGGUAGCAUAAUCAUAAUGGGAAUGGGUAUUUUGCUGGGGUAGCAUAAUCAUAAUGGGAACGUCUAACAUUAGGAAUGAUGAGCGGAACGCCAUUUGCUGGUAUGCCUAACGCAGUCGCGGCGAAUCCUGCGAUGCAGGCAGCAGCAGGAGUUUCUAGUUUGUUAUGAAGGGAGUAACGAGAAAUGUUGUACUUUGUAUGAUGCCACUCAUUGAGCACGAGUAGAACGAAGAUAUGAAAUGAAUGUCGCUCCCAAGUAAGAACGCAAAGAGGGAACGACAUUCCCAUAUCGACAUUCUUAAUGAGUGGAAGCAUUCAAAUACUCGUUGUUGUAGGCAACUCACCAAAUUAUACAGGAGAUGUUUUAUUUCACGAACUUCUCCUUCUGAGGUACGCUUUCAACAAGUACAACAAAAGAUUUAUUCUAAUGGGUCUUCUAGUACCUCCUGUUGGAUUUUCAACAUUCCUCUCUUCUGGAUAGGACCCCUCUCCUGUUUCUUUUAUCUCUAACCCCAGCGGGAACGGGGCCACUGAUGGGCACUUCAAUGCUCGAAGUGGGACACACUUCAAUGCUCGAAGUGGGGCAUGGUAUUUUAGCGUCAGCUUUUUUCGGUCUUGCGGCCAUGUCAUCUGUCUCAUCCAUUCGAGGAGGAGCCCUUACUAGAGGUGGUGGAACAGGAAUUAUGUCUCAACUUUCAUUGGUCAUCAUUUAGAUUGGGGUCACUGGUGACACCGAAGAGGAAGACCCCUUGGGAGAACAGGGGAAAUAUAGGGAGGGAAAACAAGGGCAGAGGCAUGGGGCAUUUUUCUUUCAGAAUCAGUGACCACUGACUGCUGGCCUUUAAUGGAAGCAGUUUGCUAGUAGGACAGGGCGACCCCUCAAUGUUGCCAGCAUCUGCCGGCAGUAGUAGUUCUGGCACAGGUGCAGCUAGAAAGACUUUUUUGCAGGCACUAUUUGGAGGAGGUGGAGGACAGGAAGAUGCGCUAGGAGGUGCUGGCUCGUCUUCAAAUGCUGUGGUAGAUCAUCGGAGUAGUCGUAGAAGACUACACAGAACGAAAACGAUGUUUGUAGGAGGACCUGGCACAACACCAUCACCAAGUAAGAUGAAAACGAGCUCUAUGGACUUCUUAUCCCUCGAACAGUGCGGAGGUAGCAGUUCCUCUUCAAGUGUUCAUGGCAACGGAGGAAACCACUGUCGCUAUAGAAGAAGAAGAACGAAAACAAGUAGUAGCUUUCUUCUUUCAGCAGAAAGUGCCCAUCAAGAUGUACCGGAUGCUACUCGAACAAGCUGUACUAGAAGUACUUCUUCGAUGAAAUGCAGUCGAAAUAGUCGGCGAACAAGCGCUACAGUUAGUUCUUUUGCGGAUGUGGAUGCAGAUGCAGGCGCAGGCGCAGGCGCAAAUGCAGAUGACGCGGCGGCUACUGCAACCGGACAAGAUGACGCGGCGGCUCCUGCAACCGGACAAGAUGACGCGGCGGCUCCUGCAACCGGACAAGAGGAAGCCGAAGCGACAGAGGGUGGAGAGACUGAAGCCGGGGCAGGCGCAGAACAACAGGAUGCUCCACCUCCGGCAGACCCUAGUCCACCUAAGAUUCUGUUCCACCUAGAUGCUCCAGCGGUUGUUGAAGGUUCAGAAAGGGGCGAGACCGCAUCUCUGGCAACCGCCACACCUGAUAGCCCAGUUACCGCACAGUCGUCCUCUGCCCAACAGCUUGUUUCUUCUCUAGUAUCCCGCGCAAUAGGCAAUCUGGUGUGGACAGCGAACAAGCAGGUGGAGAAAUUAUGGCAUCUUACUCGUCAAAAAAAACACCUCGUCUAAGCCUAUGUCUAAUUAACUCACACUCAGUAUCUAUGUAUAUAAUCUCAUUCUCUGCAGCUACAAGUAUCAAGAUUAUCAACAACAUCUACUCAAGCACAAAAGUUAACGUCCUAUCGAUCCCUUCUAAUCCCAGCAGUACCAACGUUGCGAAACGAUUGUGCUACAAAGGUAAUGCGUGACCUGGAAUGUGGAUUGCGGGAUACAGACGGAGGCACCUUCGAAUUUGAUGAAGAGAAAAUUAAGGCACUUUACUAUCUCGUGGUCUAAUAUCCUAUUUAUUAUUCCAGAAGAGGGUCCAAGAAUGAUAAGGACGACGAGCAGAAUGUUCCAGCCUCUAAGUAGAUGCAUUGUUACUGCGGUCGAAGCGGCGCGAAAAGUUCUGGGGGGACAGACGAUAACAAGAACACGAAUUUUGGGAUGACUAUGUUCCAGAACGGCGAUCAGAGAAGCUCCAAGAAUCUCUAUCAUUAUGGUUUACUUUCUUCUUCUUGAUCUUGUCUCAUCUAACAUUAUGACUUCCUUGUCUCUCUUACUCUUCAAAACCAAUGCUUUUGCUUUACUUUCUUGUCUCUGUUUCUCUUUCAUUAUGCUUUAUUUUCUUGUCUAUGUCGUCUUCGUGUCUCUUACUCUUUAAAGGUUUAAUAAACAUAUCUCUUACAACUGAUACUGAUAGUGAUACUGCUCUUCAAUGUUUAAAAAAUACUUUAUUGCAGCUUUCUUGCGCUUGCAAUUCUUUCUGUCUUUCUUUUUGCGCUUGCCAUUCUUUCUGUCUUUGUUCAUCAGUUCUACAGUUUGUCGUCUAAAAAAAACUGAGGAUGAUUACUACGCACUAACUACACAAAGGUGGAGCAUCAUCUUGACCUUAACUUUUCGACCUUAACACACCUCUCUUUUCUUGUAGGAGCUACGACUUCAUCAUCAUCUGUCCUAUCCUAUCGCUGAAUGGUGCUGGUAUUUGGUAACCUGAUUUUGAUCAUAAGGAAAACAAGAAGGGGAUCCGUGUGAUCGCAUUCAGGUUACCAAAUAGAAAUACCAGAGCUGCAAUACAAUCGCGUGACCCUUCUCGAAAGGUCUUUCGUAUCGCAUGACCCUUCUCCAAAGGACACGAGUGAGAUGAUCUCAUCUCUCCUGUAUGGCGCUCUCUACUCGUCCCUCUCUAAUCCUGAGCCAUCCAAGUGAAGACGCUGAACGACAAGAUUGUUGGUCGCAUGGAUGCCUUGGGACAGACAGGUAGUAACGUUGGUAGCGCGCUGUCGCAUCCAUUCAGACAAUUUCUUCCUCCGGGAGCAGAAGACAAGUUCGAUGCAGCAGGAGGAAUCUUACGGCAGCAUCCUCCAGCUCUAGAUCUAGUCCAUCUUCUUCACAUUGAGUAUAAUCUAAUCCAUCAUGUUCACAUGCCACAACAUCACAUCCUGAGGAGAACAUUUCCCCUUUGAAAGGGGAGUGGGAUCAAAGGGAAGUCAGAAGGUUCUACGUCGGGUAGAAACUCAUUUGUUCAGACGAAGGCACUAGAAACAUUUCGAAGGCGUCAGAAACGUCAGAAACGUCUUUCAGAAUAUUCUUCUUCUUCAAGAUGGAUUUAAUUUUAAAUUGUAGUGGUCUAAUCUACGGCUUUGCUGCGAGUGGAGUUACAGCUGCGGUAGAUAAUGCCGCUGCAGGUGGGGACGCGGACGCAACUGCCGACGCGGACGCAACUGCCGACGCGACAGACCACCCAGAUGCUUCAGCAGCGGGCGAACGUAACUGGGUGGCCCCUGCAGAUGGCGAGGACGCAACAGAUGCGACUGGUGAUGCAGAGACUGCCGACGCGGACGAGACCGCAAUUGCAUAG